UCAAAAAGCGCACUUAUCUUAUUAUUAUUAUCACGAUUCUGUGUUCUCUCAUCCUACUCCAUUCCGCCAGUGAGGCGAUGAGGCGAAAUAGAGAAGACAAAGGAGGAAAGAGUGAAGAUACGGAAGACAAUAUUAUGGUGACGGACACGGAUAUAAAAGCAGAGCUGGAGAGACUCAGACAAGGAAUUAGUACCAUAGCUACCACGUGUAAACGCAUGGUGAAGAUGGGCGGCAAGCUGUCCUGUUCCUGUGAGACCAAGACUUGUUCUUUAGACGGUGCCAAGCUAGUGUGUCUGGAUGAAGACGUCAGACCUGUCCCCGGCAGCUGUCUCGCUCUCAACUUCGGCAUAGGCUUUGAAAUGACCUUUGAUAAGGUCUUGGUUAAUUACGGAUGUCAGGUUAUUGCUCUUGAUCCUACUAAUGCUAACAUAACCAACUCAGUUUAUGAUGCUAAUAUAACUGAUAUUGUAAAGAGAAUAAACACAAACAGUAAUAUGCAUACCAGGAAGUUCCACGCGCUUAACCUGGGCAUCGAUGACAAGCCCACUACAAUGAUACUCAACUUAACGAUGAAUGGUGACCACUACAUUAGCAGUGUUGCGACAUAUCUCACCUAUAAAGCCAUUCUCGACACACUUGACAACCCCCGCGUCGAUAUCCUCAAGCUAGACAUUGAAGGUAUAGAAUGGAGAGUCCUGAACCAAAUUUUAAACUCUCCCGACGCCAAGCAACUCCUACAAUAUACACAUCAAAUUCUAUUGGAAGUUCAUCUAGAUUUUCUUAACCAUGUCAGUGAUGCGAAUGUUAUCUUCGAAGGAACUUGGAUAACACUGAAAACCCUGCGACUAUUGCAAAACUUUGGAUUCUAUGUUGCAGCUUAUGACCUUAAUGAAACUGGUCAGAAAAUUUUUGCUUUUAACGAUGUCAGAAUUCCCUUAUAUCGUGAAUUAACACUUAUCAAGAGAUUGCCAUAA